AUGAGUUCCUAUGUCCAACAACAACAUAAUUAUUCGGAGGAUAAAUUAAGUGACAUUUAUUUAGGUCAAACUCAAGGAAAUCAACCUUUACAAUCUAGCUUCGAAAACUUGAAUGGUACCUUAUCAGAAAAAGGGUCAGCAAAGAUAUCUCUUGUCGCUGGCAAAGAUUUGAACGGAUUUCAAUCACGAACAUCUGACAUUGGUCGUGUCAUUCCACAACAGGAGAUUCUUUCUCGCAUUGUCCCCUUUUGGGAAUUAUUUAUCAGUAGUGUUGGUCUUUUUGGUUAUCAUAUCAUAAAUUUAGCUGCUCAUAAUAUCGGUGGCAAAAGACCUUAUAUCGUUCUUUUCCUUAAUGGAUGUAAAUCAGAAUUUCAACAACCAAAUCUCGAUGAAUGUCAUAGACAUGGCUAUCCUGGUGCAUUCACAGCAUUAUGGAACUCUCCUUUUUUCCUCUUUUGCUACUUUUUCAAAGAACAAAACCGUAUAGAUCUUUUAACCAUUCCUAAUAGGUUUAUGAAAUUUAGAAAAUGGACUUAUUGGCAAAUUCAUAGAUUCGCUUUGGCAUUGUAUUCAUUGAUAACUACGAUUUUAGUUAUAUAUUAUUUAACAAGAAAAACUGUUGAUAACGACGACCUUAUAAUACAAAAGGAUUAUAAAAAUGGAGAUGAGUUUUGUUAG